GUUAUGAUGUUAUGCCAUAAUAGUUUUUAACUUGUUUCUUUUCUCAAGUUUGUGUGCACAAUUUGCAAUGGAAAACCUGCCUAUCAACCAGUUGUAUGGAAGUGACUCACUAGAAGCUGCUGAAAGGGAAAUCCAGUAUUUCUUUCCUCCUCAAAACACUUUAGCAGUGAUUAAACCUCAGGCAACACACGCACAAAGAGAGAUGAUCUUCAACCGUAUUAAAGAGGCUGGAUUUGAUAUAAUACAGAUGAAGGAAAUUCUGCUAACCAAAGAGCAUGCUGACAAAAUUUAUUAUAAAAUAGCACAGAAAGACUUUUAUAACAGUGUGUUGGAGGUAUUAUCUGAGUAAGUUUCUGA